UAAAUCACUAGAAUUGUACCUGGCAAGUACUCUACCUGUACCUCUCAACCUCCUCCUUCUCCGUCUCUCUCUCUCUCUCUCUCUCUCUCUCGCCUCUUUAUCAUCACCUUUCCAUGUGUACCUCUUUUUAUAUAUAUAUAUAUAUAUAUAUUCCCUUCUCUUCCCCUUUCUCUCAAUACCCACAACAUACACACUCUCUCUCUCCCUCUCUUUCUCCCUCUGUCUCUCUUUUAUAUUCGCUCCCAGGUAUCUGAAUCCUAAUCAUCCCUUUGUCUGGAACAACUCCUACUAAUUGAAGGAUUGAAUUGGGUUACAGUUACGGGGCAACAUUGAGUUUGAUCCUGCUGGCUCUAAAAGACACAAUGAAGCAGCUCAUCCGCCGUCUCUCUCGUGUCGCCGACUCUUCACAGUACAGUCUCCUCCGCUCCGACUCUUCCCGCGCUAGGUGUUCGAGAUCGGCCCGCCGAGCCCAGUCAUUUCGGUGUUUGGUGAAAUCGGCGAGAAGAGUCGCUGGAGGUAAACCGGUACCUGAAGGUCACGUGCCGGUUUAUGUUGGCGAUGAGAUGGAACGGUUUGUCGUUAGUGCGGAGCUACUUAAUCAUCCUAUCUUUAUCGGACUUCUUAAUAAAUCGGCUCAAGAGUAUGGUUAUGACCAAAAAGGCGUGCUCAUGAUUCCUUGUCACGUGCUUGUUUUUGAACGAGUUAUGGAAGCGCUUCGACUCGGACUUGACUCGCGUGACCUUGAUGAACUUCUCGGUUCUUUGGUCACUGAUGACUACUUGCAGAACUAGACAAAAGGAUCCGUGAGAUUAUACAGAGGGAUCCUUUUUUCUUUUUUUCUAUCGUUUUCUUUUUUUAAUGUAAAUAUGCCUUUUGCUAUGAUGAUAAUCAAUCACAGUCACUUUUCUCUCUGUUUUUUUAGAUGUCCUUUUGUAAAAUCAGGGACUAAAUGGAAAUAUAGAGAUGUUACCAGUCUGGUUCUUUUUGCCCAAA